AUGAAGGAGGCGGUACCAGUGGGUAACGGUUGUCCCGUGACUGCACCUUGGCCGUGUCAACAAUACUCCUUCUGCCUUUCUUUCGCCUUCGUAUGCGAUGGUGAAAUCGACUGUCCUGACGGCUAUGACGAGAAUCCGCGACUCUGCGUUGCAAGAGUCGAUGGAGGUCGAAAGGCUUUUGGAAGGGAGAUUGACAGGUUCCAAGUCCUCCCUCUCGGUGGUGGAAGGCAGUCACAGAAUAGGGAGUGUGAUGUUGUGGGGCCUCGUCUAUGGCCCGACGGCCACAGCCCCAUCCAGCCACCAUGGCAGCCGCGAAACACAUCAACAAAACACUGA